GAAAGUGUCACAUUUACAAAGACGAUCAUAUAACACCGCGUGUCGAUGAGCAAAAGAGGGGAGGAUUCCCCUUGCCUCUAUAUUGCCCCAUGAGACUUCUUUCUAACUCUGCAUAGUACUUUUUGUCGACCGUUUUCAUAAAAAUGUAAAGAUCUGUCGAGAAAACAAUCUUUUCGACAGGUUUUAGAUAUCUAAAAAUGACAUAGUGAUAUCGAAACUUUAAGGUAUUUGUGGAGAGGAUCGCUGGUGGUAUUAGUAUACGUUACGAGACAGGGAAAAACGCUUACGGCAAAAUGUCAAAGCGGCCUGCAGAAAGUGGGGAUUCAGGUUCCCAGCCACCUAUUAAAAAAGUUCAAUUCGAACCGAUUUUAAUCGGACCUAUUUCAACUCUUGAAGAAAUGGAUAUGAAAGUUUUACAGUUUCAAAAUAAAAAAUUGGCCCAGAGAUUAGAGCAGCGUCAUAGAGUAGAAGCUGAAUUAAGAGAACGAAUUCAACAAUUAGAAAUACGACAAAUGCAAGAUGAUGCAGUCCUUAAUGUUGUUAAUCGUUAUUGGAAUCAAUUAAAUGAAGAUAUACGUAUAUUACUUCAAAGAUUUGAUGCUGAAACAGCUGAUGAAUCUGAAAAUAAAAAUGAAAGUGAAGCUACAACAUCAUUUCUCAUGCAGCUUUCUUCAUGGGACAAAGAAGAGUUAAAUGAUAAAUUAGCAAAUCGUGUUCAAGUAUCUAAACGUGCUGUUUCUAAAGUUGUACAGGCAUUUGACCGUCUUUCUCAAAGAAAUGAAAAAAUUACUCUUGCACUUAAAGGAGAAUUUGAUGGAGAGGAAGCACCUAAUAUUGAUGAAGUAGUGCGUAGAGCAAAUGCUGAAAUACAAAUGGAAAAUAGGAAUCUUCAAGCAAUAAAUAUACAACUUCAUGAAAAAUAUCACACUAUUUCAUUAAAGAUGUCAGAAUUACAAGAUACCAUAACAGCAAAAGAUACAUUUGCUUUAGAACUUUGUAACCAAGUAGAAGAUCUUCAGUAUGAAUUGAACAAAAUACGAGCCCGUAAUGAUAAAUUAGAACAUCAUCUUGGAGAAGCAAUUGAGAAAUUAAAAGCAUUUCAACAAAUACAUGGUACAGAUGAAAAAGGAAGUAACAAACCAAAUACUUUAGUUGCAUCAAGUGUGUCACAAACAAAGCUUGAAGAUUUACAAAGAGAAUUAGAAGAAACCAGAGAGUUAGCUAAUAAUAGGCUGCAAGAAUUGGAUAAACUGCAUCAACAACAUCGUGAUGCAUUGAAAGAAGUAGAAGAAUUAAAAAUGGAUAUACGACAACUUCCAGAAUCAGUAAUUGUUGAAACAACAGAAUAUAAAUGUUUACAAUCACAAUUUUCUGUAUUAUAUAAUGAAUCAAUGCAAUUAAAAACGCAAUUAGAUGAUGCUCGACAGCAAUUGCAAUCUAGCAAGAAUGCUCAUUUACGUCAUAUUGAAAUGAUGGAGAGUGAGGAAUUAAUGGCACAAAAGAAAUUACGUGGAGAAUGUAUACAAUUGGAAGAUGUUUUAGCUCAAUUAAGAAAGGAAUAUGAAAUGUUAAGAAUAGAAUUUGAACAAAAUUUAGCAGCAAAUGAGCAAACAGGACCGAUAAAUCGAGAAAUGCGACAUUUGAUCACAUCUUUGCAGAAUCAUAAUCAACAGCUUAAAGGCGAAGUUCAUCGUUAUAAACGAAAAUAUAAAGAAGCUUCAUCAGAGAUACCAAAAUUAAAAAAAGAAAUUGAAGAAUUGACGACAAAAUUGGGUCAACAAACAUCUCAAGAAAAUAAAGAGGGCAAUAAUUCAGAUGGUAGUGGAAAAGAAGAAGAUGCGUCAAAUUCUCUACCAGGUUCAACACAGAUAAAGGAGGAGAGUGGAGUUUCAAUAAAAAGAGAAUCUGGAGAAGAAGAAAUAGAAACUAUUGAAGUUGGAGAAGGAGAAGGAAAUAAGGGCACUCCGGAUUCCUUAACUUUAACGUCUCCAACCUUAAAAAAAGAAAAAGAUAUUAAACGCGAAAAAGAUAUAAAAAAAGAAACUAUAAAAACUGAACAUCGCGAUCCUGCUCAUCGUGCCAAAGAUACGAAAGUAGCAGAAUCGGAACUUGUUAGAGAUUUGAAAGCACAACUUAAGAAAGCUGUGAAUGAAAUGAAAGAAAUGAAAUUAUUGUUGGACAUGUAUAAAGGUGUUGGAAAAGAACAAAGAGAUAAAGUGCAACUAAUGGCAGCUGAACGGAAAACAAGAGCAGAAUUAGAUGAAUUACGUCAACAAUUAAAAAAAAUUCAAGAAAGUAAAAGAGAAGAACGUAAGAAAUUGGCAGAUGAAGACGCACAAAUAAAGAUUAAAAAAUUAGAAGAACAAGCAUAUACUCUUCAGCGUCAAGUUGCUUCUCAAAAGCAGGAAGAAGAAGCUCUUUUGAAUGAAAUGGAGGUAACUGGACAAGCUUUUGAAGAUAUGCAAGAACAAAAUUCUAGAUUGAUUCAACAAUUACGUGAAAAGGAUGAUGCGAAUUUUAAACUUAUGACAGAAAGGAUAAAAAGUAAUCAAUUACAUAAAUUGGCUAGAGAGGAAAAAGAUGUUUUGAAAGAACAAGUUUCUACCUUAACAACGCAAGUUGAAGCUGCUAAUGUUGUUGUUCGUAAAUUAGAAGAAAAAGAACGUCUUUUACAAAAUUCACUUGCAACUGUUGAAAAGGAAUUAGCUUUGAGACAACAAGCAAUGGAAAUGCAUAAGCGGAAAGCUAUUGAAAGUGCUCAAUCUGCAGCUGAUUUAAAACUUCAUCUCGAAAAAUACCAUUCCCAAAUGAAAGAAGCACAACAAGUUGUAGCUGAAAAAACAAGUUCUUUAGAAGCAGAAGCAUACAAAACAAAAAGAUUACAAGAAGAAAUAGCUCAAUUAAGACGUAAAGUUGAAAGAAUGAAGAAAAUAGAACUUGCAGAAACAUUGGAUGAAGUAAUGGCUGAGGAACUUCGAGAAUAUAAAGAAACUCUUACUUGUCCAUCUUGUAAAGUUAAGCGUAAAGAUGCUGUUUUAACAAAAUGUUUUCACGUAUUUUGUUGGGAUUGUUUACGUACACGAUAUGAGACUAGACAACGUAAAUGUCCAAAAUGUAAUUGCGCUUUUGGAGCUAAUGAUUAUCAUCGUCUAUAUCUCUCCACAUGAAGAAGAAAAAUUUAAAUUAUUAAAAUUCAUAUUAAUGUCUCUUAA